GGGGCGGAAACUUUGCGCUAUAGUCGUCCAUUGCUCAAAGUAAGAGCCGCCGCAGCGUGUGGAGGAGCUCCCGGAACCACAUCACUCCAGAGAUCCGGUCCAUUCCCCGCCGAACCGAGCGGAACCAUGCCGGGCAGCUGGUGGCGCGCUGCCGCGGUGAGCCACGGCCUGACGGCCCUGUUCGCCAUGGGCUCCUGGGUUUCCGUCAACAGCCUGUGGGUCGAGCUGCCGGUGGUGGUCAGAGAGCUGCCCGAAGGCUGGAACCUUCCUGCGUACCUCUCGGUGCUCAUCGCCUUUGGAAAUCUGGGUCCCAUCGCGGUAACGGUGGCGCACCACUUCGCUCCGGGUCGCCUGAACGAACAUGUGGCCAUUCGCUUCAUCCAGGCGCUGGCGGUGGUGGCGUCGGCGUUCCUGGCCUUUUUCUGGUCCCGCCGGGUGCCGAUCGCAGGAGCGGAGCGGUCGCUCCCCUUCCUGCUGCUCAGCUUCAUCCUGGCUCUGGUCUGCUGCACCUCCACUGUCACCUUCCUGCCGUUCAUGUUCCGCUAUCCUCCAGAGUACAUCCGCACGUUCUUCAUCGGCCAGGGCUUCAGCGCCUUGUUCCCCUGCAUGGUGGCUUUGGGUCAGGGCGUCGGCAAGCUGGAGUGUAAAACCGAGAACAACACGGUGAAGCCGGAGUACCUGGAGGAGAACUUUCCUGCCCAAAACUUCUUCUGGUUCCUGUUUGUGAUGCUCGCCAUCUCAGCCUUGAGCUUCGUGGCUUUGACACAAAGACGGGCCGAGUCCCAGCAGGAGAGGCCGCCCCAAGAGUCCGACGGCGCCGAGGCGGCCAAGGGCGAAGUGGAGACGCACCGGCUGUACAACGGAGGAACGGCGGCGCCGGAGGACCCGGUCGGCCCGGAGCCGCCCGCUCCCAGGUUCUGGACGGGACGAAACGUCUACCUGCUGGCGCUGCUCGCCGCCUCCAACGCUCUCACCAACGGAGUGCUCCCGUCCGUCCAGAGCUUCUCCUGUCUGCCCUACAAUAACAUGACCUUUCACCUCUCUGUUGUCCUCGGCAACAUCGCCAACCCCCUGGCUUGCUUCCUGGCCAUGUUCGUGGUGCUGAGGUCCCCUGUAGGCCUGGGCCUGGUGUCGCUGGCGGCGGCCGUGUUCGCUGCGUACCUGCUGGCGCUGGCGGCGCUCAGCCCCUGCCCACCGCUGCAGGCCAGCCUCACUGGGAAAACUUUGGUGGUGGGCUCCUGGAUCCUGUUCACCGGCCUGUUCUCCUACCUGAAGGCGUCAGUCGGCGCGCUGCUGCACGGCGCCGGGCGCGGCGCGCUGCUGUGGGCCGGCGUGGCCAUCCAGGCCGGUUCCCUGCUGGGCGCGCUCGCCAUGUUCCCCCUGGUCAACGUCUACCAGCUGUUCGCCCGCGCCCACGACUGCGUGGACGUCUGCAGCAACAGGACUGCAGCUCCUCCAGCAGGGGGCGCAGCUGUUCCUGAGCUCCGGACCUUUCUGGACUGACGGCAGCAGGAAGCUCUUCGUCGUCUCUGACUCUUCCUCAGGAGGAAGGCCGCCUGCUCCUGACCUUCCACUUUUCUUUCUGUUGGAACAUUUUACUGAAAUGUUUUUACCGUUUUGGGAGUGAGAUCUGAUUCCCGGCUGUUUGGGACCAACGCUCACUUCCUGUUUCUACUGACAGACAGAAGCAGCCGAUGCCAGAUGCUCACACUGAGGCUUGACCUCUGACCCCCAGAGGUUUUAAAGAGACCAUCCUGUUUAUUCCUGGUAACAAUAAAGCAACAGCUUGGUGAAA